CAUACAUUGGCUGAGAGCACAGCGAGGGAGGGAAUCUGAUCCUCUGCCUCUCAAGCCUGUAGAGCUGCUUUCUACUUGUCUGAUAAAAGGCACACAGCCAGUAUAUGUCGGUAGUGGUUUUGAAAGGAGUGAGGGACUUGGUUUUCAGGAGGUUUUUAGCAACAGGGAGGAAUAGUCCUCUCUGCAUUGCAGCACUGUGGCUGAAGAGAGCGGGGAGAAGAGAGUCCGUGUGGCACACCGAGACUGUGCACCCAAUCAGGCACCUCCGUGUGGUGCUUGAGCCAAUCGGCAGCCUGCAGCCGAGGUUAAAGAUUGACAAUUGCAGGAGAGAGCAGCAGGGAGAGAAGGCCUUCUGGGAAACCUGGACCCAUCUUUUCCCUCAUCCCCCAAUGCCCUCAAUAAUGGAAAAAGAUUAAAGAAUAGGCUGAAGAAUCUGUAUGUAAGUAAGGAAAAAGUGUUGCAGAGGAAGAGGAAAAAACUGAGGCUGUAACAGAAGGAAUGGAGAUCUCAACCAGAUCCAAAGGUUCAGACACAGGGUCAACAGAGCGGAUUGUCCAAAAACGAAGGAUACCUAGUCCCUCUCACUCAUCAAAUGGUCAUUCUUCUGCUGAAACAUCCCCCUGCCCAGUAAAAAAGAAGAAGAAACCCGGUGCUGUUAGCAGCAGCAAAGACCAGUCAGAACUAAGACAUGGUCCGUUUUACUAUGUGAAGCAGCCAGCACUCACCACAGACCCUGUUGAUGUUGUACCGCAGGACGGCAGGAAUGACUUCUACUGCUGGCUGUGCCACCGCGAGGGCCAGGUGCUCUGCUGUGAGCUCUGCCCCAGGGUGUACCACGCCAAGUGCCUCAAACUACCAGCCGAGCCCGAGGGCGACUGGUUCUGUCCGGAGUGUGAGAAAAUAACUGUUGCAGAGUGUAUAGAGACUCAGAGCAAAGCCAUGAUGAUGCUAACAAUAGACCAGCUGUCUUACCUACUAAAGUUUGCCCUUCAGAAGAUGAAACAACCAGGUGAUCAUCCCCGCUUGUCAUCUCGCUCCCCCCAUGCAGCUUCCACGCAGAGAAAGACUUUUAAUUGGACUGAACCAUUCCAGAAACCCGUCUCUCUUGAGCAGCAUCCAGAUUAUGCAGAGUACAUUUUUCACCCUAUGGACCUUUGCACCCUUGAGAAGAAUAUCAAAAAGAAAAUGUAUGGCUGCACAGAGGCCUUCCUGGCAGAUGCAAAAUGGAUUUUGCACAACUGUAUUAUAUACAAUGGAGGCAAUCACAAACUCACAGCUACAGCUAAAGUAAUAGUAAAAAUCUGUGAACACGAGAUGAAUGAAAUUGAAGUUUGUCCUGAGUGUUAUCUGUCUGCUUGCCAAAAGAGAGACAACUGGUUUUGUGAGCCUUGUAGUAACCCUCACCCUCUAGUCUGGGCAAAAUUGAAAGGAUUUCCAUUCUGGCCUGCAAAAGCUCUGCGGGACAAAGAUGGACAGGUGGACGCCCGCUUCUUUGGACAGCAUGACAGGGCAUGGGUUCCUUUAAACAACUGCUACCUCAUGUCCAAAGAGAUUCCCUUCACUGUGAAGAAGACCAAAAGCAUCUUCAACAGUGCCAUGCAAGAGAUGGAGGUCUAUGUGGAGAACAUGAGGAAGAAGUUUGGAGUGUUUAACUAUGCCCCCUUCAGGUCACCUUACACUCCUGACAACAACUUCCAGAUGCUGCUGGAUCCCUCCAACCCCUCAUCCACUCCCGUCAAACCUGAGAAACAGGAAAAGAUCAAGCUGAGCUUUGAUAUGACAUCAUCACCCAAGAUACCUUUGGCCAGGACCAUGUUGUCUGGGGCCGGGGUGGGAGGGAGCACAGCUGGGCGGCGGCUCCCUCUCAGUGACAUGCCUCGCUCCCCCAUGAGCACUAACUCCUCUGCCCAUACUGGUUCAGAUGCGGAACAGGAAACAGUGGACAAAUUGCAGACAAAAGCCCCAAACAGCCAGUGUAGUACAGGAGAAGAGAACAUAGAGUGUACAGCAUCACCUGCCCAUCCUCGACCUGGCCCUACAGGCAGUUCAUUGGACAGCCCUAAAUCAUUCCACACGCAAGCUCCUAGCACACCCAAGCAGGAGAAGACCCCACCGACAGGAAGCAUUCUUAACCUCAAUCUAGAUCGGAGCAAAGCAGAAAUGGACCUGAAGGAGCUUAGUGAAACAGUUCAGCAGAAGCAAGCGCCCGCACCAGUCCUUACCUCUCCAAAAAGACAGAUCAAAAGCCGUUUCCAGCUGAACCUGGACAAAACCAUUGAGAGUUGCAAGGCACAACUGGGUAUUGAUGAGAUCUCUGUGGAUGUGUAUAAAGGUGUGGAACACAGUGACUCAGAAGACUCAGAUAAAUCCGACUCAAGUGACAGUGAGUUUGCUAGUGAUGAAGAGCAAAAGACCACAGAGAGCCAGGACAGAGCACCCAAUGAUGAAGCCCAGAAGAACCCCACAAAAAUUAAAGUCAAAGACCAACCUUCCUCAAGUCAAGAUGACGAGGGUAAAGUUGAUACACCUGUGGCAUCUGAGUCUGUAGUAGGCAACGCCACUGCAACAGCAGCAGAUGUUCCAACUAAAGAGAAGACAAGCACAGAUUCUGAUAAAGAGAGUGCAGAAAAAAACAAAGCACCCCCGGCAUCACCGGGUCCCAGGGUGAAGCCCCAGGUAAAAGAAGAGGCAAAGGAGCCUGUGCCAGUGGAAGACACUGACUCAGAGAGGGAGCUGGUUAUUGACCUUGGAGAGGAACAGGGAGGCAAGGACAGGAAGAGGUGCAGGAAAGAAAACACCACUGUUAAAGAGUCAUCUACUGGUAAACCUGAAGGUAAAGCCCUGACCCCAUCGACACUCCCAUCUCAAAGCAGUACAGCUCCUUCCACACCCUCCAGUGUUUCCAUGCAGUCCCCUAUGGCCAUUCCUGUCACCAUGGUCUCCUUCACUACUCCCUCUCCUGCAGCCAUAAGCCUUGCGACUGUGUCCAGUGCUGCAGCAACACCCUCCUCUUCCUCCUCCUCCCCCUCGGCCUCGACCACACCAGCCUUGAAGAAGCAGCGCCCUCUGCUGCCCAGAGAGACUGUACCAGUGGUGCAGAGAGCUGUAGUGUGGAAUCCCACUACCAAGUUCCAGACUUCCUCGCAGAAGUGGCACAUGCAGAAGGUGCAGCGUCAGCAACAGAACCAGCAACCUGUGGCAACUGCACAAGUCCAGGCGUCAUCAUCCAAGCAAGGCCAGGCUCAAGUGCUGACCCAGACACAGAAUGCUGGAAAUGUGUCGACAGCAGUUUCCUCAUCUUCAGCACAGCAGUCUUCACAGAGCACACGCUAUCAGACCAGACAGGCUGUCAAAGCUGUUCAACAAAAGGACAGUCUACUCAGCACAUCCACUUCAGCUGUCACCCUGGUGUCCAGCAGUCCAGCUUCUGCUGCAGUGAUGGCAGCAUCAAGUGUAGGCACAGUUGCUUCAUCUUCAUCAGUGGCAACAGACCUGUAUAUCCCCACUGCCUCAGCAGAUGUGGCUGCAGACAUCGCCAAGUACACUAACAAAAUAAUGGAUGCAAUCAAAGGUACAAUGACGGAAAUCUACAAUGACCUUUCUAAGAGUACUUCAGGGAAUACAAUAGCAGAGAUAAGACGACUGAGAAUUGAAAUAGAAAAAUUACAGUGGUUGCAUCAACAAGAGUUGUCAGAGAUGAAGCACAAUCUUGAGCUGACAAUGGCAGAGAUGAGGCAAAGUCUUGAGCAGGAGAGAGAGAGGUUGGUGACUGAAGUGAAGAAACAGAUGGAACUGGAGAAGCAACAAGCAGUGGAUGAGACAAAGAAGAAACAGUGGUGUGCUAACUGCAGGAAAGAGGCCAUCUUCUACUGUUGCUGGAACACCAGCUACUGUGAUUACCCCUGUCAGCAAGCCCACUGGCCAGAACACAUGAAGUCCUGCACUCAGUCAGCCACAGCCCCACAGCAAGAACCUGAGGCUGAAUCGACAGCAGACCUCCCAAACAAGGGUUUAGGGCAGAUUGGCAGUGGCCCAAAUGCUCUCAGAGACACACCAGUCUCUGCACCAUCAGACAAAGACUGUGACAUAGAGAAGAGCACUGACAGUGGUGCUGUCACUUUGCCAUAACUGAGCUUACCAUACUUGAAAAUGUAAAUGUACAGAUUGUUUUUUUUUUUUCACUGCAAGAAUAUGUUUAUGUAAAUCCUUCUGUUCAAGCAGCUGUUGAAGGGAGCAAUCCAAAUUAUUUUUAUUUAUAUAUUUUCAUUUGCCUUUCUGGACUCAAAUAAAGGUCUUAUUUUAAAUGUAGAACAUGGCUGACAGGAGACAGGUAGUAACCACUAGAGGGGGCAGUUAAAAUAUAUUCUACAUAUUCAUGCACUCCGUUGCAGUCUGUAGAGCUGUUGAGGAGCAAAUCUUAAGAACAUGUAUGAGUGUCACAAAACGUACAGUACACAUAGUAUAAAAGUCAACGGUUAAGCAGUUUAAGACUGCAAAAAUGAAACCCAUGUUGAUGGACCACCUCAGUUUUAGAUUAGAAGACUGUUGACAGAAAUGUCUGUAAAUUACCUAUUUUGUAGUCUGUUAAUUUAUUUGUUGUUUAAUGUUGCCUGCUGUACACUGCGAAGAAAGUAAAUAUAAACAUUUUAAACAAGUUGUUUCCAUUGUUACACUGUGGUUUAAUUAGUUAUGAAGCAGCCUGCAGUCAGUUAACAUACAGUAGGUUCAACUGUAGUUUGCAUAUGUAAAUAGGAUUUAAACAGAACACAAUUUCUAAAACACAAC